AGGUUAUGGAGAGCUGUUAUUAAAUUGGGUGGCUAUGAUUUGGUGACUGCAUCAAAGUUAUGGAGACAAGUAGGAGAGUCUUUCCACCCCCCAAAGACUUGCACAACUGUAUCUUGGACAUUCCGCAUUUUCUAUGAGAAGGCUCUAUUGGAGUAUGAAAAGCAUAAGAGGCAGAAUGGUGAGAUUCAACUACCUGAGUCUUCUCUCCCUCCAGCAAGUGCUGAAAAGGAGACAAGUAGCUACCAACCCCCAGGAACAGGCAGGGCACGCCGAGAUGCUGCAGCACGUGCCAUGCAGGGUUGGCAUGCUCAGCGCUUUCUUGGAUAUGGCGAGGUUACUGAGCCAAUUGUUAAGGAUAAGGCCUUAAAUUCUAAUCAGAAGCGUGAAAAGAAUCUCAAAAGCAUUGGUUUGCAAAAGCAUAAGACUCAAACAAGCGUGGAGCUUGUGGUGAAACCCAUGCAGAAUGGAUCAGAUAAGCAGUUAAUAUUGCUACAUUCGACUAUACCAUUAAUCUUUUUUCCUUUUCAAGAUUUUAUUUUGUCGGGUUUUCAUCUAUAUUUGCAUUCUAAAUGAGCUUGAGCAAUACUGAAGAUGUUAACCAAUUCUUUUCAGGAUCAUUUUGUGAAUGAUUCUGCUGCUGGGUGGUCAUUGUUUCUGACUGAAUCGGCUUUUUUUAAUAACAAUAACAAUAAUAAUAAUAAUAAUAACAACUUGUUUUAACAUUUACUUGCAUAAAAUUUUCUGGCCUAUUAUUGAAGAAUGGGUUCUUAGUUUAAAAGGCUAAAGACCCCUUAGACCAUAUAGUUCCAUUUCAUCCCUAGUGAAAGGUUUAAAAAACUUUCUGAAUUUAAUUGUGUUUCUAUUUUCUCAUCAAAUAGUACUAAUUAAUUUUGCAACUGGUAGACUUGUGACUGAAGUUGUUGAUAUUGGACCUCCUGCUGAUUGGGUCAAGAUCAAUGUGCGCGAAACUAGAGAUUGCUUUGAGGUAUAUGCUCUUGUUCCUGGGCUCCUACGAGAGGAGGUUCGAGUUCAAUCAGAUCCUGCUGGACGUCUGGUCAUAACAGGUCAGCCAGAGCAGCUUGACAACCCUUGGGGUAUCACACCCUUUAAGAAGAUUGUGAGCUUGCCUGCUAGAAUUGAUCCGCUUCAGACAUCUGCUGUUGUUAGCCUGCAUGGAAGGCUCUUUGUACGUGUUCCUUUUGAGCAAGGAUCAGUUUAAAUUAUUUUCACCUGACCAUCAGCUAUCUCGUUAGGUUUUCUGCGUAGGAACUGUAAUGGUUUAGAGAAGAAAUGUAAUGGAAAGGAAACACAGCCUUGUUGAAUCAAUUGAUAUCUCCCUUUCCUCUUUUCAUUUGUUAUUGAAGUUGAAAGAACUGGUAGUUUAUGAAGGCAUUUGCAUUUUUAUGAGAUACCCAAAGCCCAGGAAGAGCAAUGCCAUUGUUAUCUCCGGUGGUUGUAAAUUGAAUGUGUUAGAAUCAUUAACAACUGUACCUGUGCACUUAGCUUCUUGAAUUGGGCUAAGUCUCUUAUGGGGUCCAAAUGAAAAAUCUCUAGUUGGGCCUAUGCUUCUGUUCAUGUCCCAAACAGGGAACAUCUUACUGUUUGCGGAAUAUUGAUUGCCAACAACUUAAGUGAUAAUAUUGUUUUAGUAAAAUUAAGAAAAUAUAAAUUUGAAUCAUAUAAUAUAUGAGUGAAGCGAGUUAAAAGAUGAGUAAAAAUUGUUUCUCAUU